AUGCACCCACACUUGCAUACAAAAGACAACAUUGCCUGCGAGGAGAUCAUGACGGCCCUCGAACAAUGCCACGCCAAAGGCUUUCUUUGGAAGGCAAUGGGUAUGUGCAGCUCCACCAAAGACCAGGUCACCCUAUGCCUACGAGCCGAGCGACUCAAGCGCACCGCGAAUAACCGUAAAAUCGCCAAGGUCAAGCGCGACAAGCUCAAGGCGGCCUGGGCCGAUAUCGACGAGAAUUCGUAG